CUUCUUUCUUUCUUUUUUUUUUUUAAAUGGUCUUCUCUAUUUUAUUUUUUUAAAUAGUAAGUACUGCCCAAGAUGUUCGAUUGAUUUGUUUAUUUGUUAUCUUUUGUCGAUCGGUCUCCCCGCUAAACUUCUAGUCCAAUCGUAAUGAGGUGAAAUAAUUAGAAAAAGAAAGAAUAAGAAGAUGCGGAAAAUGUGUUUGGAGAAUUCCAUCCUCCAGGGUUACCAUUCUAAUCAGGGAGCAGAACUUCUCUGUUCUUAUUUUUAUAAGGAUAUCUUUUUAUCGGUUCUAUUCUUGGUUGUAGGAAUUUUUACCUCUUAAAGUUUUGGUUCUUUAAUUAGAAGGGUGUAAUCUGCAAAGUUCUGUAGUUGUCUGGAAGGAAGAUCAUUCUGUUUCAGCCAAAGCCAACUUAAAAGAAGCAAAAAAAGAUCGAGAUCAUGGAAAUGGACAAGAAUAUCAAGAAAAGGCUCGCAUUUGUGCUAAUUGAUGGGGUAGGUGAUGUAUCUCUGCCAAGGUUUCAAUACCAGACACCUCUUCAAGUUGCAAAUACCCCCAACUUGGAUACAAUUGCCUCUGCUGGAGUUAAUGGGCUCAUGGAUCCUGUGGAAGCGGGCCUGGCUUGUGGGAGUGACACUGCACACCUUUCUAUACUUGGUUAUGAUCCGAGAAUCUAUUAUCGAGGUCGUGGGGCAUUUGAGUCAAUGGGUGCUGGAUUGGCCAUGUCACCAGGAGACAUUGCUUUCAAGGUGGUAGUGGUUCAAUUGGAUUAAAAGCUGUGUCCAUAGGAUUAAACCUGGUGCCCCAAAAGAAGAAUGUGGAAUGACUACAUGUCAACAACUAUAGCUGUAAGAUGCAACAUACUUAGGAAGGAAGCUGUAAAAUGAUUAGUAUAAAUCUACAUUUUUCUUCAGUCAAAUUUUGCUACCAUGGAUGAGAACACUGGAAUUGUGACCAGCAGGAGAGCUGAUCGGCAUUUUGAGGAAGAGGGUCCAAUUCUUUGUGCAGCUUUGGAUGGAAUGAAGCUCCCAUCUUUUCCCGAAUAUGAAGUGAGAGUCAAAUGUGCUACUGAGCACAGAUGUGGGGUAGUUGUUAAGGGUCCAAAAUUGAGUGGAAAUAUUUCUGGGACUGACCCAUUAAAAGACAAUCGGUUACUUCUGAAACCAGAAGCUUUGGAUGAUACAGAGGAAGCAAAGAACACAGCAGCAGUGGUUAAUGAACUUUCUAAAGAAUUUUCACGAAUUCUGGUAUCUCAUCCUUUGAAUGCAAAACGGGCGGCAGAAGGGAAAAAUAUUGCAAAUGUUGUUCUCUUGCGAGGUUGUGGAAUUCGAAUUGAGGUUCCUGCUUUUGAGAAGCAGCAUGGAUUAUCACCAUGCAUGGUAGCUCCCACCAAGAUUAUAGCAGGGUUGGGUCUAUCAUUGGGUAUCGAUAUCCUUGAAGCUCCUGGAGCAACUGGAGAUUAUCGAACACUGCUAACCUCCAAAGCUACAGCUAUAGCAAAGGCACUUUCUGCACCAGUAAAGCCAUCUCCAUUUGUUUUUGUACCUGGGGAGGAUGAACAGAAACCUGGUCGAACAGAUGGAUAUGACUUUGGUUUCCUUCACAUCAAGGCAAUAGACGAUGCUGGUCAUGACAAGGCAAGUAUAUUGAAAGUCCGAGCAUUGGAAGUCAUAGACCUGGCCAUUGGUCAGCUGGCAAGACUCCUCUGGGAGACAGAAAAAUCUGGGAACUUUCAGUAUUACCUCUGUGUCACUGGCGAUCAUUCCACUCCAGUGGAGUAUGGUGAUCAUAGCUUCGAACCUGUCCCGUUUGCAUUAUGCCAGUCGAACGACUUUGUUAGCAUUGUAGAGGAGGCAAAUGUGCUGCGAACUCCUCUUGAAAUUUUUCCACUUCCUUCGGUCAAGGCUGGUGAAGAUUUCAUGGAAAUGGAAGAAAUAGAAAUGUUGGAUAACAGAAGUGAGGGGCGCCAAGACUUUAGUGGUUAUUUGGUCUCUGAGUUCAGUGAGAUUGCUGCUGCAAGGGGUUGCCUUGGAAGGUUUCCUGGGAGUGAAAUGAUGGGCGUGAUAAAGGAAUUCCUCAAGCUAAAGAAUGGCUAGGUAUGUGACAGAUGCGCGGAUUUGGAAAUCCAGCUGGUUUCAGUUGUCUCAAUAUUCGCAGGCUAUCUUACUACAAAUAGUUAGAUGAAUUUUGUUAUUUUUUGUACACAUUAAUACUUGAAUAAUGCAAUAAUUUAUGACAUGGCUAUGGAACCACUUUCCAAUGUGUAAAAGGAAUGUGGAUGAAUUAUUUUUCUAUUUAAAAAUUGUAUGGGAAAUACCUGCUCAAGAAAUAUAAAUUAUCAGAUAAUUGUUUACCCCGCAAA